UAGCGAUUUCUCAAGCAGACCGGUUAGUGUCCGUUUCUUCCGUCGUCUCCCGGCUCUCUUCCACCAUUAAAAACCCAUUCAUCUCUACCUCUUCCUUAGCUCAUUCGUUCAGGCAGUGACCGUACAACGGCGUUCCGCCUGUAAUUUAGGGUUUCUGCCUUAUUCCAUUUACCAUCGGAGAUGCUUUUUUCCGAUUGCGAUCAACAACCUUCAAUUCGCCUUCAAUGACUCGAAUAUAAUUCCCCUAUCUUAGCUUCUCCUUCGACAGUUGUAGCAGUAAUGACGCCAUUUCGUCUCUGUUAAACCUCUAUACUAUGUAAAGUGAAGUUGCCUCUGAAGCUUUGGAUUCUGUUCUCGACUUGUUAAUUAAUCGUAUCGAUGCUUGUCGUGGUUUGAACUCUUGGCGAACAAUGGAUGGAGUUCAGAGCACAACCACGAUUGCAAGCUCGAGCUCCGCACCUAACGCGAAUGCUCCGCCGCCGUUCUUGAGCAAGACCUAUGACAUGGUCGAUGAUCCUUCGACGAAUUCGAUCGUGUCUUGGAGCCCUAGUAACAACAGCUUCGUAGUCUGGAAUCCGCCGGAGUUUGCAAGGGAUCUUUUGCCUAAGUAUUUCAAGCACAACAACUUCUCCAGCUUUGUCAGACAGUUAAAUACAUACGGUUUCAGGAAAGUUGAUCCUGACCGCUGGGAAUUUGCAAACGAGGGGUUUUUGAGAGGUCAAAAACACUUGUUGAAAACUAUUAAUAGGCGAAAACCCUCCCAUAUACAUCAUCAACAACAACCUCAAGGACAGAAUUCUUCAGUCGCGGCAUGUGUUGAGGUGGGAAAGUUUGGCCUUGAGGAAGAGGUUGAGAGACUUAAAAGGGACAAGAAUGUGCUUAUGCAGGAACUGGUUAGGCUGAGGCAGCAGCAACAAGCAACUGAUCACCAGUUGCAGACCAUGGGGCAACGGCUUCAGGGAAUGGAGCAGAGGCAGCAGCAGAUGAUGUCAUUUCUGGCAAAGGCCGUGCAGAGCCCUGGAUUUCUUGCACAGCUGGUACAGCAGCAGAGUGAUAGCAACCGAUGCAUUUCUGGGGUCAAUAAGAAAAGGAGACUCCCCAAACAGGAAGUCAACUCUGAGGGUGAACAUGCUGCAGCUCCUGAUGGACAGAUCAUCAAAUAUCAGCCAUUGAUGAAUGAGGCAGCAAAAGCAAUGUUAAGGCAGAUUUUGAAAUUUGAUUCAUCUCCCAGGCUAGAAUCUUCAAAUGGAAAUCCUGAUAGUUUCUUGAUUGACAAUGUUCCUUCACCAUCUAAUGCAUUGGACAGUGGCAGCUCUUCAAGUAGAAUCUCAGGAGUGACACUUUCAGAGGUACCACCAACUUCUGGGCAAUCAUUUUUGCCUGCAGCAUCAGAGUUUACAGGGAUUCGUCCCUCAGCUGCCAUAACCGAGAUUCAAUCUUCUUCGAGUCUAGUAACAGAUAUGGUUACAUCAACUCAGUUUGCAGAUAUGAGUGUGAUGUCUGGAGUGGAGGAGGUUGCCUCAUGCCAGCCAGACAUGGUUAUCCCACAAAUACAGGGAAUGAUUUCAGAGCCUAGUGCUGUAGACAUUCCAGGGAAUUAUGUGGGUACUGAAACAGGUAAUGGGGUCUACAUGGAUCCAUUGUCAGUGGGGCUUGAUACAACAAUGCCAAUAGAAACGGACAAGUUCUCUCCUGAUCCAGAUUUGGAUAUUUUUAUUGAUGGUUCCAAGCUUCCGGGUAUAAAUGAUGCAUUCUGGGAACAAUUCCUCACGGCAAGCCCAAUGUCAGGGGACACAGAAGAGAUUGACUCAAGCACGCCGGAAGGUGCUUCCAAGGAAAAAGAUGGUCAUUCUGGACAGGAAAAUGGAUGGGACAAAGCUCAGCAUAUGGAUCAGCUCACAGAACAGAUGGGGCUUCUUACGUCGGACACCAAAGGGGGUUAACCUUAUGCAUAUCUGUGUUAUGCCGAGUAAAGUGUAAAGCCUACACUGCUACUAUCGUCAUCGUUGUUGACAUAUUGGUGCUCUCCCUCGGCGCUCGCCUCAAGCAAUCCAACAAGCAUGAAAUGGACGGACUACUAAAUAUAUGGGAGUCCUAUAAGCUUCUCCUGACUUUCCCCUGUGCUCAUUUUGUUUUCUUCUUGUUCCCUUCUACCCAGCUUGUUGCGAGCUGCAUGAAUUAAACAAGCACAACAGUGCAAGGAUUCCUAUUUUCUGUAUUUUGGGUAUUCGAAUGAUGUGCUUCUCUCCGAAGCCUAGGGUUUUUCUUGAGAGAGAGAACCACUUAUAUAAGCUUUCAAAAAUUUCAUUCA